CACUCUCUGGAAGCUUUCACUGAACUGAACUGAAGCACCAAAAACCCAAAUCCGGAUUUCGUUUUUCGAUAUACCCAUUUCAAAAUUUGGAAGCUUACUCUUACAUAAUGUAAGGGAGUUUCAGGGGAAAUUGGUUCUGGGAUGAGAGGGGGGAAGAUGGAGCAAACGUGGUUUGAGCCAAUGCCGAGAAAGAGGGUUCCGAUGAGGGUCUGGUUAAGCGUACAAAAAUCAAUGGGUCUCCUCGUGGGUGGGAAUCACACCUCUUCCAGGUUUUGCACUCGCUAAUUUUCUCUUUCGUUCUGUGUUUGGCUGGUUUCAAUUUCUCUUCAUUUUUCACUUUUCAAUCGAUCUGUUUGUCAAAGAUUUCGAUUCUGCGUUGCUAUUAGCUGCAUAGAAAAGGGUUAUUCAUGGAUAUUAAGGACUUGAGAUCAAAGAUGUUUCUCGGGUCUUGUGCGAGGCGUGUGCUUUUCCGUGCAUUUGUGUUUGCCUCUGCUCUGUCAAUUGUUCCUUUGCUGCAAAAUUUGUCUGGGGAUGAUCUAGGAAUGCUGAACUCCUUUGCCAACCAUGGUUGUGCCUGUGAAUCUGAUUUCUCUGGUCCAUUUCUGUUUAAGAGCACAAAAUUGUUUUCUUGUAUCUGGGGUUCAGUUGGAUCAAUCCACUGUAAUGAAAAUGUGAACUUGACAGCCAGUGUGAUUAGAGAGCUAAUGGGUAUGCAAAUGUUGAAUUAUGAUGCAAAAGCUCUCUGUGUUGGUCAUGGAUCGGCCUCGGCCAUUGGAGCUUUGAGAGACUUGGGAUUCACCAAUGUCUAUGGGGUUUAUAGUCAACCCUUUUUCUCGUCUCUGAAGCGUAAGAAGUUCAUCCAUGAGCUCGAUUACAAAGACAAUUCCUUGGAUUUUGUGCUGUGCAGAGACCUCGAUAAGGUUUCUGUCCCUGCACUUAUGGUGCUCGAGAUUGAGCGUGUUCUUAAACCCAGUGGGAUUGGGGCUAUGCUUGUGGGGUUUAGUGGAUCCGAACCAAACAGCUUAAUUAGGUCUGCAACCCCAAUUUCCUCAUUCCUGAAAGCUUCCAGUGUAGUGCAUGUUGCUCACUUGAAUCAGUUUACACUAGUGACUGCAUGGGCCUCUUCAAGUUCCUUAGAAGGACUGGUGUUUUCGUCCAUCAGUGGUGGGGACAUUAGACCCCAUCAACAUGUGGUUUGAAUAAUAUGUGUGUACUCAUUCUGCUUGCAGGGUGUCGUUGUUGCUGUUUAUUGUUUGUGAUGUUGAUGUUGUUGUUGCUCUUCCCAUGGUGUGUAGGGAAGAUAUCCAAGACGCUGCUUAAGUUGUCUUGUUAUGGUUGGGCACUAAUACUACUAAAUAAGCAACCAUGAUUAUGAUAUCUAUUUCAUUACUUGCAUACUGUUCUGCUUUAAUUUACUUGGGUAUCCUACUUAUUCGGUGGUUGGAUGAUGGGAGCUGCAUCAAGCAGGUUCUGUAGUAAUUAAGAACAAUUGUGACU